GCAGAUCCAUUUGGUUGACCCCCUUCAUCCACACCCACAGCCGCUCCUGGAUUCCAGGUCCCUCGCCGUCCUUGACAUUCUUUCUUCCCAUCGCCUCGCCGCCGCUUUGCCUUCUAGCAGGCACCACCCCUAUCUCUCAAUCUUUCCCACGAAGCAGAGCCAUCACCCUGUACCUGUACGCGCUGCUGCCUAUUUUUAUUUCUUCCCCGAGCGGCAAUUUGUGGCCUCCGUCGUCCUAUAAUAUUCUGGUAGGGAGUUGUUCCGUCCACGCUUGGAGCAGCGGAGGGAUUCCUUGGACGGAAUGGCGGAGGAGUUGGACAACGCGAGCCCCGAGUUCUGGCUCCCGGAUGAGUUCCUGGACGACGAUUUCUUCUCCGAGGAGGAGAAGGCGGCCGUAGUGGCGGCCAAGAGCGACAGCGAGGAGGACGAAGGGCUCGGUGGACUCUCCCGCCGCAUGGCCGGCCUCGACUGCGACGGCAACGACACGACCAUUCCCAAGGCGGAAGUGAUGGCUGGGUCUCCGCAAUCCACGCUGCUGGGUCCGCCGGCUUCUGGGGAGGAUAGCCCCAACGGCGGCGCGUCGCAGGUGAGCUCGCCGCCGUCGUCGCCGCUGGAGAAGCAGCCGGCCGACCCCUGGGACCUGCUGCACGAGGCGGCUGGGCAGGUGGCCCGCCUGCGCGUGAACAGCAUCCCCGUGCCGGACAACCCUCCUGCAUACCAUGGCAACGGCUACGCGCCGCCGGCGAGGAAGCCAUCUCCGCCGCUGCUGCCGGCCCCAAAGGCCCCCGGCCCUUACCAGUUCGCGCCCAACAACAUGCUCGCGCAGCGCCGGGUUCAAGCCGCUCAGUUUCAACUUCUGAAACAGCAGCAGCUGUUGAAGCAGCAACAUGCCAUGGCGGCGGCCAUGGCGUGGGGCACGCACGGCACAGAGAUUCCGCCGCUUGGGCUUAACCCCUCGGCCUGGCCGCCACUGCAGAAGCACCCGCACCAGGCCUCUUCCGGCAUGCGCGCCGUGUUCCUCACCCCACCUGGAGCCAAGCGCGAGUGCGCCGGCACCGGCGUGUUCAUCCCCCGCCAGGCCGGGGUCGUCGCAGAGCCCAAGAAGAAACCAAGCUGCUCCACAGUUCUUCUCCCCGCGCGCGUCGUGCAGGCUCUCAAUCUCAACGUCGAGGACCUUGGUGCUCGGCCUUGCUAUCCCGGCGGUUUCGUUCUCGAUCAUGACGCAUUGGUCAGCCGGAGCAACGCGAUGCUGGCAAGCCAGAAGCGCGAGCAUCAUGUCAAUGCUACCCCUUCGCAGUCCCCUCCGCUUUCCGCGGCUCUUGAUGUCAAUCUCCCUCAGGAAUGGACGUAUUGAGACGCAAAUUGCUCUCUCCGAAGAUACAUCCUCUGUUCCCUCCCCAGCUUGAAGGAUUAUAUUUAAGAAUAUUUACUAUUAUCGUUGUUAUUGCUAGGUAGAUGUUAGCUAGAGGUAGGAGGCAGUGGCAGUAGCAUCAGCGUUAGGUGUUCUUUUGUGUGGUCAUAUAUUGGUUAUUUGGAUGGUUGGGUGAUGGAUGCAGAUGAACAACAGAGAAGAAAUCCAUGGCUUCCGUAGGUUGUUGGGACUCUGCCAUUUGGGAGAAAUAAUAAGUGGUUCCUAUGAAGAAGAAUUGGGAGGUCUGAUAGCUAAGUUCUAGUUGUGAUGAUUUGGAAAAAUAUCAUCAGAAGAAGUUUGGAAAGAUGUCGUUGUAAGAAAUAAGAGCUCCAGGUUUCCAUAACUUUGGUUUUCCCUUGGCUUUGUUGCAAUACCACAUCAGUCUUGUAUCCUUGUGGUUGCUUCAUGAAUAAGGAACCCCUCUUCUAUAAGGAAAUAAAUAAAGAGUGUUUUCUGUUCGGUGCUCU